AUCGACAUGUUGCGAGGUUAUGUCAAAUUGGUGUGAAACAGCUUAGAGUUUACAUUUCUUGAAAGUCAUCAUUUCUGAAGAAAGUUUCGAUUGAGUGAUUUGAGAUGGGACAAAACCAAUCAGCCGGAAGUGGCAGCGAUAAGAAGGAUGACAAGGAUAAAAAGAAAAAGUAUGAACCUCCGAUUCCAACGCGCGUUGGAAAGAAGAAGCGCAAAGCAAAAGGUCCGGAUGCUGCUAUGAAACUGCCCCAAGUUACUCCUCAUACGCGAUGUCGUUUGAAAUUGCUGAAGUUGGAACGGAUCAAGGACUAUUUGUUGAUGGAGGAAGAAUUCAUACGGAAUCAAGAACGUCUCAAGCCCCAGGAUGAGAAGAAUGAAGAAGAACGAUCAAAGGUUGACGACCUAAGAGGAACUCCAAUGUCAGUCGGUAAUCUAGAGGAAAUUAUAGAUGAUAAUCAUGCAAUCGUUUCGACCUCGGUUGGCAGUGAGCAUUACGUUAGCAUCCUAUCUUUUGUUGAUAAGGAUCAAUUGGAACCCGGAUGUUCAGUGCUUCUGAAUCAUAAGGUGCACGCUGUUGUGGGUGUUCUUGGUGAUGAUACAGACCCGAUGGUCACUGUGAUGAAGUUGGAAAAAGCGCCACAGGAGACAUAUGCAGACAUUGGUGGAUUAGAUAACCAGAUUCAAGAGAUUAAAGAAUCUGUAGAGCUACCUCUAACGCAUCCCGAAUAUUACGAAGAGAUGGGUAUUAAGCCACCAAAGGGUGUGAUUCUUUAUGGACCGCCCGGUACUGGGAAAACUCUUCUUGCGAAAGCGGUUGCUAAUCAGACUUCAGCUACUUUUCUGCGUGUGGUUGGUUCGGAACUUAUUCAAAAAUAUUUAGGGGAUGGGCCUAAGUUGGUACGAGAGUUGUUCCGGGUGGCAGAAGAACAUGCACCGUCUAUUGUAUUCAUUGACGAAAUCGAUGCAGUUGGUACCAAGCGAUACGAUUCAAAUUCUGGUGGAGAACGUGAAAUCCAGAGAACUAUGCUUGAGCUGUUGAAUCAGUUGGACGGAUUCGAUUCGCGUGGCGAUGUUAAAGUGAUUAUGGCAACUAACCGAAUCGAAACACUCGACCCUGCUCUAAUUCGUCCCGGUCGCAUUGAUCGCAAGAUCGAAUUUCCUCUGCCAGAUGAAAAAACUAAACGUCGUAUUUUCAACAUUCAUACUGCUAGAAUGACACUGGCUGAAGACGUCAAUCUAUCCGAGCUAAUUAUGGCUAAAGAUGAUCUGUCUGGCGCUGAUAUUAAAGCAAUUUGUACCGAGGCAGGUUUAAUGGCACUUCGUGAACGCCGCAUGAAGGUAACCAAUGAGGACUUCAAAAAGUCGAAGGAAAGUGUUCUCUAUCGCAAAAAGGAAGGCACACCGGAAGGUUUGUACUUGUAAGAUCAUAUGAUAAUAUAAGUUUGCUUUACUAGUACCCUAUACAAACUUUUGUGUAAUCAGAAUGGAAUAAUAAAAAAAAGAACGAA